AAUAGAUAUAGAACUUCUGAAUUCGCUAUCCUCGGUCGAGGUGGAAACAGCGCUAGAAGUGUCGUGUGUUGGCAAAAACAAAAAGCGAUAAGGGUCCUCGAUGCCCGCCUCUCUCGCUCGUAUCGUCAACUCAUUCCACAAGUCCUCCUCGUUCUGGUUUGCGGGGAGCUCGAGCGCCUCGCCAAAGUACACAGCAUCGUCAAAUAUGGUCAUGGUGGUGAGGGCAACGGGGUCCCUUCGACGUUCGCACAUUGCGCCGGAGCGCGCAUAUGCUUUUUUUGCGUUGUGAUGAUGUGAUGAUGUCAAAAGAUGCAGCGUUGCGGCAUAGAGAUAUAUAGAGAUGGGAGUGGCGGUCAGUUGAACGUUGGUCCGGUACGGGGCGGUUAUGUUUUGAAUCAGCAAGCACGGGAUCAAGCGGAUCAGCAGAGACAGCAAAUCCGGAGAUCGUGGGGGGCUCGAGUUUUUGAAUCCCAAGGUUGGGUUGUUGCGACCGCGGUUACACGCAUAUGCAAGACUUCCCGCCGGGGGGUUUACGCCAUCACUGACAUGAUCCUGUACAUAAAACGUCUUCCGAGAUUGACGCCUGGUCUGCGAUAUCGCAGGAUCCUUUCCCUUGUCGCGGAUAGCCUUGCUCCCGUCAUCUCAUCUAUCACCAUUGUGAUCUGCACUUUAUCAGCUUUAGCGUUUGUCCGUUCUGCAAGAUCUACGAAUCACGGUGGGUACCAAUAAACAUGGGCGAGUACUAACGGCUAGAGUACCAGGCAGUUGAUUACAUCUCAACGCAUAAUUCAAC